UCCCGGCAGUCCCUUCGAGGUGAGGAGAACCUGGCAGCCGCCCUGGCAGGAGGAGUUUGCAGCCCCAGCGUGGCUCUCCCCAUGCGCCCCCUUUGCAGGGCUUCACCUGCCCCGGCUGUCCCCCGACAUGUCUGAGCACGCAGCCGCCUCCAGGCUGCGGCUCUCGGGGCUGUGCUUCCUCCUGCAGAUCCUCCUCAUCCUCCUCUUCGCCGUGUUCGCGCGGUACAGCCCCGAGGGCAGCCCCGGGCCGUGCCCCCCGCAGCUGAACUGCAGCCGGAGGAGCCCGGACUCGGCUUUCCAGCAGCCCCCAGGGAUUCAGGAUGUCCGCGUCCAGGUGCUCCUCAGCUUUGGGCUGCUGGUGGCCUUCCUCAGCCGCUAUGGGCCGGGCAGUGCUGCCAUCAGCAUCCUCAUCACAGCCUUCUCCAUCCAGUGGGCUGUUCUCAUCCAGGGCAUGCUUUACUUCUUCCUCAACGGCAAAAUUUACGUGGGAGCUCAGAGCAUGGUCAGUGCUGACUUGUGCACCGCAGCUGUUCUGAUCUCCACUGGAGCUGUCCUAGGCAGGGUAAACCCUGUGCAGAUGCUGCUGCUGGCCCUGCUGGAGGUCACCCUGUGCACUCUCAAUGAAUACAUCCUGCUCACUCUCAUGGGGGUGAGCGACAGUGGAGGCUCCUUGACCAUCCACACCUUUGGUGCUUAUUUUGGCCUGAUGGUUUCACGGGUCCUGUACCAGCCCCACAAGGACAAGAGGAAGAGGGAAGAGCAGCAGGAUAAGGGGCACCAGAUGGAUGUCCUUGCUGUGGUUGGAACCAUCUACCUGUGGAUCUUCUGGCCCAGCUUCACCUCCACCACCACUGUCCACCACAAUGCAGAGAACUGGGCAGUGCUCAACACCUACUUUUCACUGGUGGCAAGCACCAUGUCCACCUUCAUCCUCUCUCCUGUCCUCUACGAGGAGGGCACCCCAAGGAUGGUUCAGAUCCAGGAUGCCACCCUGGCUGGCCUGGCCGUGAUGGGCAUGGCCGGGGAGAUGCUGCUCACCCCCUUUGGGGCCCUCAUCGCUGGGCUUCUGGUUGGCCUCAUCUCCCCCCUUGGCUUCAGAUUCUUCACGCCCGUGCUGCACUCCAGGCUGAAAAUCCAGGACACCUGUGGGGUCCACAACACCCACGGGCUGCCCGGGGUGCUGGGGGCCUUGCUGGGCACGCUGCUGACCCUGCUGGCCACUGCAGACACUUUUGGUUACAGGCUGGAGCUUGUGUUCCCACUGGUGGCCCAGGGCAGCCGGACAGUCACUGACCAAGCAUUCAUCCAGCUCAGUGCCCUGCCCCUCACCCUGCUGCUGGCAACGCUCGGGGGCUGCUUCACCGGAGCCGUCCUGAAAAUCAAGGUGCUGAGGUGCUGCCCGGCCGCGCAGUGCAAGGAGAACCCCGGCUUGCGGGAGGUGGCUGAGGAAGGAUCUGACCCCAGUGCAAGUGACAAGGAGCUGGGCAUCAGCACCUUGGUGUAAUGACCCCAAACCCCCCGAGGUCCUGCACCACCAGGGGUCUGCCAUGGCCAGUGCUGGCUUCUGGUAGCCUGAACCCCCCAGCAGGAGCCAGCUGCUGGUCCCAAACGUUUUGGGAGCAGCUGGGUGUCCUCAGGCGUUUGCAGGGUGAGGAGGUGCUGCAGUAUCCCUGUGCUUGCUGUAGGAGCUGCCAGGGUCACCUCAGGGUGUCCAGGCUUGGCUCAGCCACUUCCUCUCCCUGCUCCUUGCCUCAGUUUCCCCAUCAGCUGCUCUCUAGAGGAAGGCAAUGGGGAGAGGAGGGAUGACUGUGUUGGGGAAUGGGCCCAGGAGGCUGAACAGAGAGCAGCAAAGACUUUGUACAGACACUUGUGCACACAGCAAUUAAAAUAUAUGGAGUUUUUGUAACUUCA